AUGCGUUAUGGCCCUAUCCGAAUACCGAGGCACAUUGUUAACAGCUUCUUCCAGCCUCUGCCGAACGACCACUGCAAGGCACCGUACUAUGCUUUACCUCAGUCGCCCCAGAGCAGCGAGUCAGUAAACUUCUUGGAUAUAAAAAGCACUGAUUGGUUGACUUGGGAACAGACUCAAUAUGCAGACCUCGCGCUGCAGAUGGGAGCGGAACACAAGCUCGAUUUGACCUCGGACACGACUCACUUGAUCGUUGGUAGCACCGAUACCUUGAAGUACAAAUACGUCGCCAGAGAACGAGAUGACAUCAAAGUCCUUCGACCCGAAUGGAUUGAAGCCAUACGAGAGUAUUGGAUCAACGACCAACCGAUGGACCUCGACCAGCUUGCCCUACAAUACCGUGUGCCAACUCUGAUGAAUCUAAAAAUCUGCAUUACUGGUUUCGAGGAGCUGUCUUUUCGAGCACAACUUCAAAGAAACGUGGUGGAGAAUGGUGGAGAUUAUACCGGAGAUCUAACUAAAGAUGUGACACACCUUAUCGCUGCGAAGCCUGAAGGCAAGAAGUAUGAAUACGGCAUGCAAUGGCAGAAGAAGGUUGUCAGCUUAAAAUGGUACAAAGACACACUUGAACGAGGUAUGCAAUUGGAAGAAAGUCUAUACCAUCCCACAGUUCCUGCCGCCGAGCAAGGCCUUGGAGCUUGGGUUCGAAGAAUUCGACCGUCCCCUCAGUCCUCUAAACGUCCAAGGGAGGCGCCUACAGGCUUAGAGCCAUCGCGAAAACUUCGAAGAACAGCCAGUGCACGCCUUGGCAGCCAGAAUGAGAAUUUGUGGACAGAUAUCGUUGGGGCCGCCGGUUUGGGCGAUGAUGACAAGUCCCAACGACAUCUAAAAAGCUCCUCCUCAAUGCCGUCUUUGCCGAAGACUUUGCCGAAGACGGAAAAAGUGGACCUGGUUAACGGAGAGCAUGCAGAAUCUUCGGGUGACAGUGUCGCUCCCAAUGUCAGGAGUGGAUUUCUUUCUGGCUACUCUUUCGAGAUGUUCGGCUUCGAAGGAAAGAAAGAGACCAUCGUCCACAAUAUCUUAUUAGAGAACGGAGCAAAAAUAACGACUGAGAAAGAACAUGGUACAUUGGUUCUCAUGCCCCACGACAUUGAAGAGAACAAGACGACCUCUGCCAAUGCCCCCAAAACAACAGCUCUCACCGUUUCUGAGCUUUGGUUAGAGCGAUGUAUUUGGGAAAAGUCAUUCAUAAGUCCCCAGGACUACCUUCUUGGACAGGUCAUUCAGAAAAGGCUGACUUUGGGAUUCUCGAACCUCACAAUCAAUGCCACAGGCUUCGACCCUUUGGAGACAUUACAUGUUUCGAAAAUCAUCACUUUACUGGGUGGGAAAUACGUUCAAAUUUUCACGCCGAACGUUUCUAUGUUGCUGUGCAAGUCCGGAACCAGCAACCAACAAAAGCUCCAGCUGGCCCAACACUCCAGUAUCCCUGUUGUAACAGAGGCAUGGCUCUGGGCAGUGAUCAAAACCAGUCGAAAGCUGCCGGUAGACAGAUACCUCGUGCAACCAAUCACCGGAAGUUUGUUAAAGACGGAGUCGGUGAACACUUCCAAUCGUCCAAUGUCAGGUGCAGCAUAUGUUGAAGUCAGCACAAUACCAUUAAAACAUCAGCCUAGGCCCCAGCAAGGCAAUCAGCCUCAUCAGGGAGGACAGCGUCAGAAAGGCUUGAAGUCAACAGUGCAGGAGGAUGCGACAUCUGAUCGACCUCAGCUACGUGUGCAUAGUGACUUGACAGCAGAACCAGAGCAGCAUAUUGACCGCGGUUCGAGUCCUGAGACAUCGACAAGCUUAAACUCAACGAACGGUGAGACACAGAAUGCGUCGUUUGUGCGGGUAGAAGCACCUCUUAAAGAAGUGAACACCAACUCUCCUGUAAGGAAAGCUUGCAGUUGUGACGACAAGAAUGAGCUAACACAGUCCAACAAUGGUAUUUAUGGCAUUCAAACCGUCGACUUGAAGAUGAACGAGACAAGUAACAGUCGGUCUGAAACGAAAGAUGUUCUGGUGGAGGAUACGAAUGGAAAGGCUGUGGCCGUGCAAUCUCUUAACGGGGCGAUUCGAGAACUCCUGGAUCAGCAAAGCCGAAAGAAGCAUUCAAACGCUAUAGGAAACCCCGAAAGCUCGACAAAAGGUAGACUCGUUGGUCGUGCACUUAGCAACUUGUCCAAUGCAUCGGCAACGUCAAAUGUCCGACUCUCAAGGGCGGACUCGGUCGAAAGCAUGAACACAGACGGAAUUGGCAGUGAACUUGUUUCUAUGCCAUCGGGCAACCAAAGUAACGAGCCGUUGACGACCGUCGAAAAAGGUAGCUUCAGUCUCAUGGGACGUGCAAAAUCAACAUUGACCGGAAUCAAGCCUUCUGUGCUCGGGUUAGAUGACCCCGACAUGGUUCGUGGGAAUUUCCAGCCUGAGGAAGAAGCUCCUCAGAUGACACAACUGGGAUAUGAAGACCCCGAAGAAGCCGUGUUACUGCGAGAAAAGUUGGCGGAGUAUAGGCGCAAACGAUCGAAACAGGGGCAGAAGGAGAGUGAUCCAAAACCGGCAAUCCAGCAAAAACAGGAUCGGAAGAUACGGGAUGAUGACGUCCUGUUGACUGCUGGCUGGGGCGCCGGUAGACGAACCAGAAACAAACCUAGAAGUCCCCCUGACCAGGAGAUAACCAAGUUCUGA